UCUCUGUCAAUUUACACCAUAAACAGAACCAGGAAGCUUUUUCAAAAGAAAACGAAACUCAAAUGUUUCUUUCUGAACAAGUGUGUGUGAGUGUAGGAAAAUGGCAGAGGCAAAUAUUUCAGUAAAUCAGGAUCAGUUCAGCUGUGCAGUGUGUCUGAACCCUUUGAGUGAUCCAGUGACUACUCCCCGAGGCCACAAUUUCGGUAAGGUGUGUAGUAAUGACUUCGGGAAUUGCCAGGAUCGAAGGAGAGUCUACAGCUGCCCCAAGCAUAGAGAGACUUUCACUUCAAGACCUGUUUUAUGGAGUCUGGCUGAAGUGGUGGAGAAGAAGUCCAAACUCGAAGCUGCUUCUAGGGCUCACUGUUACGCUGGACCUGGAGAUGUGGAGUGUGAUUCCUGCACCGGGAGAAAACGCAAAGCUGCCAAUUCCUGUCUGGUGUGCAGGACCUCCUAUUGUGAAGAUCAUCUUCAACCUCACUAUCAGUCUCCUGCUUUUAAAAAGCACAAGUUAAUAGAACCUUGUGCAAAGCUUCAAGAGAAGAUCUGCUCUCAGCAUGACAAACUGACUGAGAUCUACUGUCGUACUGACCAAAGCUUCAUCUGUUACUUGUGUACGAUAGACGACCAUAAAGGACAUGAUACUGUUUCAACUAAAACGGAAAGGACUGAAAAACAGAAUGAACUAAAGCAGGAGCAGAUGAAAUCCCAACAGAGGAUCCAGGAGAAGCAGAAUAAGGUGCAGGAGCUGAAAAAGACUGUGGACAUUAUUAAGAGGCGUUCACAGAGAGCAGUAGAUGAGAAUGAGAGGAUCUUUACUGAGCUGAUCAGCUCCAUGGAGAAAAAGCAUUCAGAGGUGACGGAGCUCAUCAGAGCUCAGGAGAAAGCUGAACUGGGUCGAGCUGAACGACUCCUGACGCAACUGGAGCAGGAGAUUGCUGAUCUUAAGAGGAGAGUCACUGAGCUGGAGCAGCUUUCACACACACACGAUCACAUCCACUUCCUCCAGAGUUUCCCGUCUCUCUGUGCUUCUCCUGGAUGUGAGGACUCACCCAGCUUCACUGUCAAUCAACAUCUCACAUUUGAUGAAGUGAGGAAAUCUCUCUCAGAUCUGAAAAAACAAGUCGAGGAAAUCUGUGUGGAGGAAUUCAACAAAAUCUGUCCACAAGCCGUUCUGAUGAUUCCACUCUCAAAACCAAAAAGUAGAGAAGAUUUUCUACAGCAUUUUAAUUAUCUGACUCUGGAUCCCAACACAGCAAACUGCAAACUCUUUAUAUUUAAAAACAACAGAGAUGUAACUCUCAGUAGGAAACAGCAAGGAUACUCUGAUCAUCCAGAGAGAUUUGACUCCUGGCCUCAGGUCUUGUGUAAGGAGAGUAUGCGUGGACGCUGUUACUGGGAGGUGGAGUGGAGCGGGUUUGGUGUGGAAAUAUCAGUCUCAUACAAAGAGAUCAGCAGAAAAGGAGAGGGCAAAGAGUGUAGGUUUGGACGCAACAGUCAAUCUUGGAGUCUGGAGUGUUCUUCUUCCUCUGUUUGUUUCCGGCACAAUAGCAUUAUAACUGAGCUCCAAGGUUCAGCGUCCUCCAGGAUAGGAGUGUAUGUAGAUCACAAUGCAGGAACUUUGUCCUUCUACAGCGUCCCUGACACGAUGAGCCUCCUCCACACAGUGCACACCACAUUCACUCAGCCUCUGUAUGCUGGGUUCUCUAUAUGGAGUUAUGAUUCCCCUAUGAAGUUAUGUGAUCCAAAAUAGAAUUUGUGGAAAAUUGCUAAGUAAAUUAAAAACUGUAAUGUUUUGAGAAGCUUCUCUUACUGAUGCUAAACAUUACUUUUAGUAUUACUUUUAAUGACAGGUCCACUCACUAUUGUUCACUUCACCUGCACUGACAUUAAUGUUAGAGGAACAAGAGGAAGCUAAUCGAUGUAUGUAUAAAUAUAUAUACAACCAGGACUGCCUCCUCACCUUUCAUGCAUUUAGUCUUGGUUGACCUUGACUGGACCC